UUGCAGGGUGUCCUGUGCUGGCUGUGCUGAGCCCGGCAGCCCUCCACCACCUCCCACUCUCCGUUGUCUCUCUUUAUGGGGAAACUGACACUCAAGACGUGGUUACACGGCUUGAUGAUCCGCAGGAUCCCACGGACCCUCUUCCGUUUAUUCUCGUCACUCUCCCGAGUCUUCAGGUCUUCCACUAGCUUGUCCUCAACGAUAGCGGCGCCGCGGUCGAAGAAACCCUCCACCAUAGUGAAGAAGUUAGGGUCGUCGUCCCGGUCCACGGCCUGGGAGUAGUCUCGGUACCGCAGCCGAGACGACGCCGCCGCCGCCGCCGCCGGGAGAACCGAGUCCACGGCGCCCGGCCAGCCGCUCGUCCCCCGGGCGAGCAGCCCUACGAAGUUCCGGUACAUUUUUAUGAUUUUAAAGCUUGUCAAACAACUUCAACAAAGAAGAGAGAAAAGUCACAAAGUCAGCGAGGAAACGGAACAAGGAAACUCCUCCCCCUUUUUCUUCAUCCGACUCUCCCUCCUCUUCCUCUCUGUCACACCGCACCUGGACGUUCAUUCAACAUCUGGAGCUUGAAGCUGCCGUGUUAGCUUAGCAUUAGCUUCCAAGGCUAACUUUACCAUCAAACUCUUUGUGUAGGAACUUUUAGCGGUAGCUUAGCUUUGAGGUAUCUUAACUUUAACUUCACUCUGAAAUGUGAGAGUAUCGUAUUUUGAGCAUUCCCAGUAGCCUAGCUUAGAAUUAACAUUAUCGCUAAUGUUUGUGUAGCUUUGACUAGCAUUAGCUUUGAAAAGUGCGACGAAGUGACGUCGACACCCCCCCUCACACCAAAUGGACAUUUCUCGCAACUAACAAGUUAUUUUAGUCAUGAGACCAGAGAUACUUCCAGAACUUUGUCCUCUCAGGAUGUGUGAGCGACCAAAGAUCCAUGUCUUCCUAGGGGCACCUCCCUCCACGCCUGGCCCAGCCUCAGCAUCUAACCGUGCCAUGGAGAGAGAUGGGGGACCAUCCGGCCGCUGGCGACACCUGGAGCUCACCUGGCGUGAAGGCCGGCUCCUCCCUGUCGGUGAGGCACUUGGAACCAACAUAUGCAGAAGAAGAAGACCAAAACAACACUAAAACCACAGAUCAGGAUGGUCCAGACUCAAGAACUGAACAGACCGCAGAGACUGUUGAAAGACAUCAGCCAAACUCAGAUGAGGAAGACCAGUGUGCGGUCUCUGUUCAAGAAUAUCUAGACUCAUGUUUCCCUGCCGCACACCUAGAACAAACUAGAGAACCACAGCCCAGUACUACAACCCAAUACCUCGCUACCUGGACUCUAAGUCAAGCGUUAAUUCUGAGAGGUUCCCAAUCAACCAGCAGCCUCUCUCAGAGCCCACAAAAACACAUCCAAACAUCAUCAGAAGACUCCUCCAGUACACCGGACCUCUUCAGUCCGUCAGCGCGGCGGUCUACUGGAGGUUCCGAUGAGCUCUUCAGUCCGGAGCGGCGUGCCGAACAAGGGGGCGUAGUCCUGGAGGCCACUUCACAUGGAGUGCUGUGCUCCCAGGAGGACAGCGGUUCGCACUCCAGUCCCAGACAUAAAAGAACGCGUCUCGCCGAGGAUGUCAGGACGGAGGCGUCUGCUUCAGAUGGAAAUAUUGCAGCUGGGCUUCAUGGUUUCACCACGCUUCUCAAACAGUGUGCUGAAGUGGACGUUCGGUAUCGGGUUCUGGUCGUUGUCGUCCAUCCGUGUCAGCUAAAAGAAGUGAAGGUGAAAUCUGGACCAUCCACCGGGACCCUGGUCCCUCUGGCCACCAUGGUUGUGACUGACCAAUCAGCCAUGGACAUGAAGGUGGUCCUGUGGCGGCGGGCGGCAUUCUGGGCAUUGACCGUCAGUGUUGGAGAUGUUGUAUUCAUCACAGGCCUGCAGUUGCGCGAAGACACCUGGAGGGGAGAGAAGGUACUGCAGUCCACCUUUGGCAGCAAACUGCUUAACUUGGGUCACAUUGGUGCCCCCAACUAUCCCCCAGGUGGUCAUCAGGUUCAUGCUCGCUUUGUAGCGUCUCUCUGUGACUUUCUUCGAGAGCGGCGCCCCCUGCUGCUUUCUGUGCAGCCCCGGCCCCCUCAGGACCAGAGGCGGCUGCCAUAUGCCCACCUGUGGGCGCUGAAAGUCAACAUGCUGGUUCACGCCUUGCUGCGUGUCAAACACGCACACAUGAGCACAGAGUGGCGAGGAGAAGCGGAGUCCUGCUGCAGGUCCGCUCUGGAACGUCAGGUUGUUGUGACCGUGGAGCAGGCAAACAGCCAGCAGGGGGCACUGCUGCUGUGGGGGACAGCUGUAGACUGGCUGCCACGCUUUAGGAAAUACAAAGAUGCUGUCUGGGAUAUCCGAUUCCUACUGGUCAGGGAGGGCUUGACAUCUGAUCUUCCCGAGCUUCACACCACCCCAUGGAGCUCCAUACGGCUUGUGGACGACACCGACCGCAGGUUGCAGGACUUCAUGUGUGGAACUUCCAGCUGUGUGGAUCUGGACCUGGAUACACUGCUCUCCCAGAGCUACUCAGGAGAUGUGCUUCUCAGAGUCCAGGUCAUCAGCUUCCGCUUCCAGCCUUCACACAAUGCACCACAGCCGACCCUCCACUGCUUCACGCCGCCGCCUGACAUCCUAGCGGCGCUUAGUGGCGACAUCACAUACUCGGGCUGUGCCCGCUGCUCUGCUGAACUCGACACGGACGCCAAUGGAAUUUACGGUUCUUGCUACCCAUGCCUGCCCUACACAGCCGUACGUCGCUACUACAGGCCAGGGGUGUUGACAGUGAGUGGGCAGAGCAACCGUAGCGUGUGCAUUCAGGUUCCUGCUAUCGCUCUUCAGAAGAUUCUCGAUGCACCACCUGAUGAGCUACACAGAAGCUCAGCUCCAGGUUCCGAAGUGAAGCACAUCGAGGUGGCCGCACAGAGGCUACAAAACCUCCUGAGCCUUCCCAGGAAAACCAUCACUGUCACCGUACGCAGCCUCUUCCUGCGUGAUGAAAACAGCGUGCCCAUCAGUCAGGAGCUCACACUGUUGGACCUGCAGAUCUCAAGAACGUGACGGGUCACGUAACGGACCUGAUAGACCACUUCAGGUCAGGUCAGUUGCGGUCAUUUUACAAGAUAGAACAACAAAUGUGGAGAUUAUUUUUUAUGUUGCUGUCAUGGAUAUAGAAUAUCACCCAAAAAUAGAAAAGCAGAAGUGGAAGACUAGUAUUGGAAAUCCUUUAUUUUAAAUGAUCCUCAGUGAUACAUUCUUAGUCCACAGUGGGACAACAACAGCCAAAUAAGAAAUAUGUCAAAAUAAAGUGAGGCACUUGAUUUCUCCACACUGACACCUCGAACCAGUAAGAAGAUUUAGGACGCCUUGGUUGAUUGAGGAGGACGUCUGCUGAGUUCUACUUAAAAAUAUUAACUAAUUUCUGUAGUCCUAUGAGAAAAAAAAGGCAAGUUAACUUUGAAUGACAUCACCGCAAACAACAUUGGACACCAUAUUUUUGGUAAAAGCUGAAGAUUUACCAUCUCCACUUUCCUCCUUUCCGCCAAGGGACAUGAGGUCUCCAAGAACCCCUCCUUUGUCGUCAUCGCUCUUGCCGCCAAUGAGACUUCCAAAAUCCAGUCCUUUUUUCUCCUCUUUCUCCUGCUCUUCUUUUCCUCCUCCCAUAAUCUGAUUCACGACAUCUUCUGCAACGUUUCCUGCAAGACACAUUUUGAAUUUUAACUUCUUGACCACAUUGCCUUGACUCUUGGUACUCUUAAAAAGUAGCCUGUUGACAGAAAAUAAACAUUUACUAACCUAUUUUCUCUUGAACCACCGUGCAGAUGAUCUUGUUACGCACCUCGUCUGGUAGAAGAUCCAUGUUUGAUCAUGAGUUGGAAGGAGGAAGGUUGCUCUUAUAUUGACAAGUGUUCACAGAACAGCAGGUGACGCCCUGCUGAGGAAUCAGGUGGGGCCGUUGGCAGUCACAACCCAACCGGUGAUACAGGUUGACAAUGUGACCUUCUGGGCUCUUCACAUGUUCUUCAUGCACGCUCACAUGUUUGAAAGACCAAAGAUCUGAUGAGCGGCAACACCGACAUUCAUCAAGGUGCUUUGAACACCUGAUAAAGAUGUUCCUGUUACAUCCAACAAUCAGAACUGGAGAAAGACCCAGGAGGAGGACAUUCAUUGAAUUCAAUUGAUUGGAAAACCUGUAGAUCCUGGUGGGAGAGCAUUAUACAGACUCAUGCUCCUGGGAGUCUCUGCACCACCAAAGCGCAUAAGAUGGACAUUAAAUAUAAAUCAACCAGACAUUUAUUUCCAGGGUCUCAGCCACGGUAACAUAAAAUAUAAAACAAAAUAGACAAUAGACAUUGUACCCUUGCUUUGUUAUUGCACACAACUUGAUAUGAACAGAAUGUUUGUCACAUUUCCAGUCUGUCUUGGAUCUAGCCUCGAGCACACUUUGCUAUUCUACUGCGUACUCAGUUUCAUUGUGCUCUUGGGGAGGGGGGGGGGGUGUACAUGCAGAAGGUUCUAAGGCAGAGACUCCCGAGGGUCACGGGACAAUUUUCAGUUCUGUUCUCAGCGGGUCACAGAUCUUUGCCAAAGAAAUCAUAGGAAAAUAAUCUGGGGUCGCGGACACAUUUUCAGUGGGCUGUGGAUCUUUGCCAAAGAAAUCAUACAAAAAUAAUCUUGGGUUGCAGAUUUGUUUUCAGUGGGUAGUGGACCAAUUUUUUGGUCAUUAAAAAUCAUACAAUAAUAUUUUUUUUUUAAAUCAUACAAAAACAACCUUGGGUUGCAGAUCCUGUUUCAGUGUGUUGUGGCUCGUUGCCAAUGAAAUAAUGUGAAAAUAAUCUUGUGCCUUUUAUUAGUCACAUGGCGUUGCAACUGGGCGUAGCGGGAGCAGUGGGGCCCGUGCAUGCCUCAGCAGCAGCUUGGGAUUGCUGUGCUGUAGUUGCCGGGGUGUGUUGGGGUGAGGCUUGGU